ACUACCGAAGGGACAAACGAACAUCAUUUGAUUGGAUAUCAAAAAAGGGGAACUUCUCUUGACUAGUUGCUGUUUGUUUGCAAAAUAAACGUUGGCGGUAGGCCGAACUUAACUGCUAGCCGAAUAGGAUCUCCGUAUCUGGUAAUAAUUCCAUCGCCAGCUAGAGUGCUAUUAUUAAUAUCAGGAUCAAUUUCAACCAAGUUGUUGUUUUGUGGAAAGUGAUCGUGAAAAGGUUGUUUUCGAAAUAAGUCAUUGUCUGUGUUCCAAGCGGUACUUUUCGCAAAGUUCGUUCCUGUUUCGUCGCGGUAUUUUGUUGGUAUCAGUACUUACUAAACGAUAUACUCUACUUCACGUGCACCGGCUUCAAGUGUCAAUUAUAGAAAAUAAACGACAGUAGCACAUAGUCAGUCUCCUUUUACAACAUUGCGCAGUCCAACAAAGGUAAAGUGAGCACCCAAGUAAGCUCUCGUUCAUAUUGGUGAAGCAGGGUGGCAACGAUGCCUGCGAUAACUUCAGGCGAGGAUGAUUUGCACCGCGAGCUUCAGGGGCUGGGAGCGCGCUUAGAAGCUGAAAAUGGAGGUUCACAUAGCUUUCGAGGAAGCAGGAGCCGCGCACGACCGGGAAACCUACCAAUAGACUCCGGCACUCCUAAUGGUAGUGGCAGCCUGCCCCGGACGAAUGGAAUCCCCUCACUUACAGGAGGGCCUCCUUCAGCCCCGAUACUUUCUAGCGGACCCCGCGCGCAACGGGGCCAUUCGACCGACUUUUCAUCUGAGGAACUACGAGGUCGCCCAAGAGAAAUCAUCGUCGGGGGAGGGCCUCCGCAGAGUUAUCGCAGGGUCCAAUCAACAGAAAACAGACAACACCGCGAUAUUAUGCAGAAUGCUCAAAAGUUGACCUUCGAAGAUGGAACAAUCUUUAAGGACGUAGACCCAACGUCCCUUCUCCGAUUGGAAGAUCUUGGAACAGGAACGUGUGGUCAUGUAGUGAAGAUGCAGCACGUGGCUAGUGGGCGUGUUAUGGCCGUAAAACAAAUGCGAAAAAGUGGAGUUCCAGAAGAAAACAGACGAAUCUACAUGGAUCUCGAUGUGGUUCUUCGUUGCACCGACUGUCCACACAUUGUUCACUGCUACGGGUAUUUCGUUACCGAUUCCGAGGUAUGGAUCUGUAUGGAAUUAAUGACAUCGUGCAUUGAGAAACUUCAGAGGCUACGGAGUCAUGAGCCGGUGCCUGAACAGAUGCUUGGGUACAUCUGUGUAUCUGUUGUGAAGGCUCUUAACUACCUCAAAGACAAGCACGGUGUCAUUCAUCGAGAUGUCAAACCUAGCAACAUCCUUUUGGACCGAAACGGAAACGUGAAAUUGUGUGAUUUUGGAAUCGCGGGUCAACUGGUUGAAUCAAAGGCGAAAACGCAGAGCGCCGGUGUAGCAGGUUACAUUGCUCCAGAAAGAAUUGACCCGGAACGUGUCGGUAGGAACUAUGACGUCCGCGCAGAUGUUUGGAGCCUAGGCAUUGCUCUUGUGGAACUUGCUACCGGCCGUCAUCCGUACGCAUCCUGUACAACCGACUUUGAGCUACUCGUCAACGUUCUUGAACGGGAUCCGCCAAGAUUAGAUGAAGCAAUGUUCUCCAAAGAACUCUGUGACUUCGUGCAACUCUGUCUUACGAAGGAUUUCAAAAACCGACCCAAAUAUCACAAACUUAUGAAGCACGAGUUCAUCAAAAAGUACGACACACCUGAGGCUACUGCGCGAGUCGCUGAGUGGUUCCGAGAAAAUAGUAGGCGCCCGACUUGUUGAUGUUGCUAAUGUCUAGCGCAGCAGCUGUUAACUUUGUGAACACAAGUAACUGAGAAAGAUGUUACGUUGGGGAUGUGAUAGUCCUACAACGAAAAUCCGUGCAAAAUACUGCGCAUGCAUUGUACAUAGUAGAAAGGCAGUUGGGGUAGACAGUUGUUAAUGCCUGUUAGUUGUUGUGCCAGAACGUACUUUCUUUCUAUGUAUACGAAUGUACGCAUCAUAAUCCACAUUAGAUUUGUAAUGGAGGCCCUUUUGCCAAUGCACCGCUGCAACAAUGACCGGCGCACACAGAAACACACGCACACACAGACAGACACUCAGCUGUCGAGAAAAUAUUAUACGCUCGAUACCAAACAGGGUGAAUUAAAAUAAUAGCAAAUGUAAAAAACUAGCCAGCACUGCUUCUGUCAAAGAUCAGUUUAUAAAACCAGCCACGUAAACGCAGGGUGCCGUGUUUAUUGCAGCGACCUUUCGAGUGAGAUUGCACUUGUUUUGGAACCGAUACUAUAGUGUAUUACCCUACGACAUGUUUUCGGCUUCUGUUUUAAUUCUCAUAAGAAAAAGGCGGUGUUUACGAGAUUGAGUUUUCAUUUAAACGAGCAUUUUUACGGCUUUAUCUCAACGAAUUGAGAAUUAAGGAUUUCGGUUAUUUAUAAUUUUAAACUGAUUGGUCGCUUGUUCGAUGCAGACGUUCUGUGCGUCUGAAAGGCCUUUUUGCGACCUUGUAUUGAUAAUUGAACGUCUGAACCUUGCAGGGGUAAUGUGCUUCUCUCGUACUCCGAACGCUUAUGCUUGCAGGUGACGGUACAUACGCGCUUUUGUUUCGAACGCUUUCUUCAGAAGAUAGAAACUUUUUAAAAAAUGAGCCUUUAUUUUCCAGCUUUUGUGCCUAGUUAUUGAACUCAAGGUAGACGCAUCAUUCAAUCCAAUUUAUUAUCUGUAUACUUAGUUAUAUUUUAAGCACAUGUAGUAAGAGAUAUUUUCGAAUCAGCUCAACGCAUUAUAUGAAGACAGCGCUACAAAAUGAAGUUGUAAAACGUCUAAUUACAUAGUGUUUAAUUUAUCCAAACAUAGUACUUAAAUAUUUUAGAAUUCAAUAUCGUUUUUUCAUUCUCAUUAACAUCAGAUUACGGCUCUUACAUUACAUAUUGUGAUUGCUCCUUUGCAUAUGCAGAGGAUCUCCGGUGAUAACCCGGCUAUCAUAAUAUGAUAUAAGUAGCAAUGGUGUAGCAAAUUUCUUACUUAUUGAUUCUCUCAAUCUUCAAUUCCAAUAUAGUUGUGAUCUAUUUAUGCUGUUUAUUCAAAAUAAACCCAAAAAUCGAUGUGAGUUUUUCUUGACCGGUUUACGGUUUCAAAGGAAUAUUAUAAUGAAGUUUUGAAAUACCGCUGCCUUGUUUAGCACAAAGCCUAGCUCCAGUCAGAAAAAAAAACUAUAACGGUUGUUCAUAAUCUUAAACUGAUUUGUUUUCACUGAUUUGUUUUCAAGAAAAUAAUCCUUAAGAUAAGACGAUGAUAUGAUGUGUUGUAAAACCUGACGGUUCCCAGAAGCAUAAAAAGAAAUUGAUUCAGCUAUUUAUGCAGGGACUUCAGACAACAGAGUUGCCAGCCUUUGUAUGUUCUAUGUUAGUGCGAUUACCCUCAGAUAAUUUCUUCUGUCAAAUCUUGCCCGCGUUUGUGCAAUUUAUGUGGUAAGAAGAUAUGCAUGAAACAAAAAAAAUAUGACCAAAUCUGACCUAAGAGCCACUUCCUGAAUUCGCAUUUCAUAACUGUUUUUGGUCCAGAAAAAAACGCAACCAAUGCUAUAAAAUAAACGUAUACAGACGCAUAUCUAUUUUUGAGUAGAACGCUAUUUCGGAGAAAGCCGAAAAAUAGAUGGAUCAAUUUAUCUUUUUCGUAGCAAAUAAAGUGGAACAAAUUUCGUAUGUAAUAGCCUAAUGUCAGUUGAGAACAAAUCAAAACUUAUGUUUCGCAUGUAGUACAUUAUCCUGUCAGACAAACCAUAAACGGAAAGAUAGGAAUGGGAAAUUAACUACCACUAUCGCAGGAGUUUUCAUUGGCGUCUUCACAAGUCGUUUACUUUUGGAAAGUACACUUCGACAUGUUUCUUGUAAUACUUGUGAACCAGUCACAAUCGAACAGAGCAGUCCUUGCAAACCAUCGAUCAAAAGUACAGUGAAAAUGUUAAGAUAAUAUAACAUCAGCACAGUUUGAAGGAAAAUAUUAACGAACAAAUAUCAAUUAACAAAAGUAAAAGCGAGUUGUUUCACAAUAUUUAAUAGCCUCUUGACAUUUGAUUCAUGAAUAGCCACCGACAGGAUGAAUUCAGAGAAAUAACACGCACUACCAGAUUAUCAAAUUAAAUGACGUGCAUCCAAACAGCAUUUCAUUUUUAUAGGUAUACUACUCUAUGUUACCGAGUGAAUGUUUUUAUUUCGUUUAUACUUGCUUUCAAAAAGUUCUCGGAUUGUUCUGACACAUGAUGACUAUUGCAUCUUUUUUCUUAUCAGUUUUUCCUAAACGAUAUACAAGGUCAUAUUCAUGAGUACUGUAGAUAAAAAUCGUCUGCAGUUAAAAAAAAUUACGGUACAGUAAAGGUCUCUCCAGUACCUUAAAUUGAUUAUAUAUACACUCAAAUUAAUGGAAAUAUGUAUGAACUCGUAAACCAAAUAAGCAAGUUGGUGCCGAGAAUGUCUCCGAGAAACGAUUACAAAGAACCAAUCGCAAAACACAAAUAACUGUAAAUAUCUCAACCAUACUGAAAGCAUUGUUAUAUUUAAGAACAACUACCAACCAAAAUAAAAUCAAAAGUGCCCUCAACUUCUAAUUGCCAUAUCAUUACAUAGGCCACUUUUGUUAUCCAAGCUUGUUUGGCCGUUUAUUAUUAUGAAUUUCCUUGAUGGCAUUGAUAAAACACUAAUAGACAUAAUAAACCUAUUCCAAUAAAGAUUGGAGCGAAUUGUGUUGACUAACAGUGGAUAACUGGGUUUUCAGUUGCGAAGAACGUAUAGCUGAAGUGUAUUAUAUUUUCCGUAACCACGCAUGUCGUUAAGUUGAACGUAGCUGAUUAGACAUGAAUAGCGUUUCUCAGACACAUGCUAAAACGCUGGAAAAGUAUCUGUUUGAAUUAAUUUACGAUACAAUACAACGUAAACCAAGUCUGUGCGUACCGCAGAAAAAUAAAUAAGUCAUUAGUGCAAUGUCUUUAGUUAAGAUGUCUUCAAUCAAUGAAUGUACUGUCAAAUCUGGAACAAUGCACUACGCAACAGUCGUCUGCGGAGAAAUGUUGUUCAACGAAUUGAUAACGUGGGGUUAGUACUAACUGAACAACAAUAGCCAGUCCACCUAAGUUGUGUGCUCAUCGCUACAAGAACCGAGCUGGACUGGGUGGUCGGAGAGUGAUACUUGAAUUGAUAUUCUGCUAAACGCGGGCAGUUAAUACGCCAUUUAGCUCUAAUUUACUUCUAUUUGAAGACAAGAUGAAUGGAUGGCGCUCUGAACAUGCUUAAAGUGCCCAUGAAGCCUACGAAAACUCGUUGUGUUUUCUAAUUCAACAAGGCAACAGGAACGUUUUUGUAGUUAGAAUGUAGCUAAAAGCUACAGCCAAAACAACAUAAGCCUUGCUUGUGGAAAACAUAAAUACGGUUAGAUAUGACAGGACAUCCGCUAAGGUAUCGUCAAACUGUCGUUAAUAUUAGACCGAGCUUUGGCAUUAACUUGACUGGGAAAUUUUGCCUUCACAGCCAUCCUAAGAAAAGACUGAAACCGCGUGACAUGAUGUUACAGUCUAAUACGCAGCUAUCGGCAAAUAAGUAAAAACUGCAAACUUUAUGGUAGUGUUACGCGCAAAGGCAACAAAAAAGUCACGCUUCCAGUGAUUUAUUCGGCUGCCAUGCGCGAAGCGCAAUGCGGAUUUUUAUAUUUUACCCCUGCAAAAAACUAUAUUCGUCGAUCGAUUAUUGUGAUUUUUUAACUUAUCGUGUGACGCCAUCAGUUUUAAGUUAACAUUUCUUAAUUUUGUCUUAAAAAAUAGCUCCGCAGGAAUUAUUUGAUACUGUGAUCGUGCCCAAUGUUAUAAUAUAGGUUAUCUUCAAAUUAUCGUGACUUGUAAAGUUAACAAACCUUUCUCCUUCGUUGGCUAUGUGUGGUGCGUAUACCAUGUUGCUUAAUACAAUCAGCAACGUGUGACAUUUGAGUUGUACUCCGUUGUCAGUAAAAACAAUGUAUCCAAGAUGAGCGAACGUGUUUUGUAAUACUGGAACUCUUGUGCAAAUAAAGGUGGUAUUAAAUGUAUAUAUUUCGGGCCACGUAGAAUAUACCAGAGUUAAGAACAUCCUCCUGUAAAAUACAUGUGCUCGCUCUAAUAAAUGAGUAUG